GGAUCGCGUUUGCGCAGUGGCGAUCAGUUCCCAGCACCCGCUCGGCUCUGGGCUGGCCGAGGUCUCAGCGUGAGGGCGGCCGAGCUGGCUGGCUGCUUUAAGAUGAGGCUUCUGCUGCUUCUGCUGGUGGCGGCGUCGGCGGUGGUCCGCAGCGAUGCCUCGGCCAACUUGGGCGGCGUGCCUGGCAAGAGGCUGAAGAUGCAGUACGCCACGGGGCCGCUGCUCAAGUUCCAGAUUUGUGUCUCCUGAGGCUACAGGCGGGUGUUUGAGGAGUACAUGCGGGUUAUCAGCCAGCGGUACCCUGACAUCCGCAUAGAGGGGGAGAGCUACCUCCCCCAGCCAGUGUACAGACACAUAGCAUCUUUCCUGUCAGUCUUCAAGCUCAUAUUAAUAGGCUUAAUAAUUGUUGGCAAGGAUCCUUUUGCUUUCUUUGGCAUGCAAGCUCCUAGCAUCUGGCAGUGGGGCCAAGAAAAUAAGGUCUAUGCAUGUAUGAUGGUAUUCUUCUUGAGCAACAUGAUUGAGAACCAGUGUAUGUCAACAGGUGCAUUUGAGAUAACUUUGAAUGAUGUACCUGUGUGGUCUAAGUUGGAAUCUGGUCACCUUCCAUCCAUGCAACAGCUUGUUCAAAUUCUUGACAAUGAAAUGAAGCUCAAUGUGCAUAUGGAUUCAAUCCCACACCAUCGAUCAUAGCCCCAACUAUCAGCACUGAAAACUCUUUUACAUUAAGGGAUUUUUGCAAGAGCAGCGUGACUGACAUUAUGAAGGCCUGUACUGAAGACAGCAAGCUGUUAGUGCAGGCCAGAUGCUUUCUUGGCAGGCUCGUUGUACCUCUUGGAAAACCUCAAUGCAAGGGAGUUUUUCAGUGCUGGCACAUUUUGGAAUUCUGCACAUUCGUGGAGUGCAAUAAUACUGUAUAGCUUUUUUUCUUCCCCAGAUCCAGUCAGUUAAUAGUUUUAAAAAAAGCAGACAUGCUCCUUGUACUUUUUUUUUCUUGGUCAUAUUUUCAAAAGUAGAAAAUUGAGUUACAAUUUUAUUGUUUUUCAAAGAUGUCUGUCAAAUCUGUUGUGAUUUUAUAUGAAUUUUCCUUUUUUAUAGUUUAAAAUUCAUCUUUUGGAGACUAGAGCUGAAGUUCCCAAAUACUUUAUAAGAGUUUAUCAGACAUCUCUAAUUUGGUUGUGUCCAAUUUAUAUAGUUUUCAAAAUACUGCAGAUUGUGAACAGCAUAUUAUAUAAGAUUAAGGGGGGGAAAUCCUAUAUCCAGAGUACUCUACCAGUUGUGUAUGUGUAUGUGUGUGUGCGCGUGUGUGAUUACCAGAGAACUACUAAAAGACCAACCUCUUUUUAAAUCCUGUUAUGUAGUUCAAGUGUCCUGCCUUGACCAAUUUAAUGAGUUGAUUAACUGGGCCUUUAUACUUAACUCAAUAAAAAACUAAACAGAUAUAAGUUAAAUAAAAAGUUCGAGUUUAUUGCCCAGCGUACCUACUAACAUUGUAUGUGACAGUUGUCUACCUAAGUUUGUGUUCUUAGACUCACUGGCAGUUUCCUAGGGGACACUCUUUAGAUUCACACAUAAGUAAUAGGUCACUCACCAUUUUAAGGAUAAUUGAAACUUGCUUCACUUUUAAGAAAGUUUAGUUAAACCUCUUCACAACAUUAAUGUGAGGUACAUGGAGAUCACUUGUCUAAUAAUUUAACUUGUGUGACAUCAUAUAUCAGAAUUUUAUUAUACUUGAGGAACAAAAUUGAAGUUUUUUAUUUGGUGAAUUUAAUGUCUUUCCAGAGUUCUAAAAAGGUAGUUUUUUUUUUUUUUAAUUAAAUUGAUAAAGAUGAUAAUUUUGCAGAAGUAGGACCAUAAAGUAGAAAAGUAGUCAAAUAUCAACAGUCAUAACAUACUUCAGCUUCCGUGAGGAAUAGAAGUGAUAGGUCUGAUUUUGUUAGUGGAAGAAAAGGGAUUUAUGGAAAAGUUAUGAGAUGUUUCAAUAUUGAGUCCACCAAACACUUUGCACAUUAUACUUCAUUUGUCAGUGAAUAUUUGUUGAAAUGCAUGUCUGGUUAUCAUCAUGACUGUGACAUCCUCAAGGUAGAAUGCACUGUAGUCCCUAGCUGAACGGAAGUUAGCCUGAUACUUCAUGACAGAAAAUUGAUUAAAUGCCUUAUCCUUUUAAUUAAGGCUGCAGAACUGUUAACCUAAGAUCACACUGUGGCAACAGUCAAUACAGUUUAAGCCGGAGGUUACUUGGAGGUUAUUACUCAGGUGUAAUAACAUUUCGCUGUCUUUGACUAGGGUUUAAAGGCCUGUUAACUUGAUUUGUACCAGCCCAGACCUCUUCCCUCUUACAAGUUGAACACACUGUUGAGUGUGUGUAGGGUCUUUCUUCAGCAUCAGACAUUCCACUAGUGGUGGUUAGCCUUUUGACAUUUAGAACUUCCAAACUUGAAUCUAUCUAGUCCCAUGUGUCUGACAGGCCAGCCAUGAAGAAUUUAAGAUUUAAUUCUAACUUUUUCCACCUUUGCCUUGGGUGAAUGACUCGUCUUUUGGAGAGUACCUUUAAGUGACUUGGUCACUGAUAAAACUCAACUAUUUUGUUGGCACCCAUUUCAAUAUUUAUGUUUGGCCAUAUUUAAAUUUAAAAUUUAAUAGAGUCUAGUGAAAAAAUUAGUGGAAUGUGUGAAUAUAAAAAAACACAAAAAAGAGAAAGCUAUUUAAACUGUGGCUUUAUUAUAUUCCUAACAUUUCAAAAUUUAUUACAUAGUUGCUUAUAAAUUGCUGUGGCUGUAUAGUUUAUAAAUGUUUAUGUACUGUGUUAAUUAGAAGACCAUAGAACGUGACAUCAGUUUGGUUAAUGUUAUUCCAUAGUUGCUGUUGUGGAAGAGAUUAUAUAUUAGAUUAAUAAAAAAAAAUGUUGGUAAAACCUGGCUUUAUACCUCAGCACCAAAAUGUACAAAAAACAUAGGCUUUCGGGAUAUAUGUGCAUUAUUAACUCAUGGCACUGAGAUUAAUGAUAGCAGUUGAUCAAACAUGACUAUCAAAAUAUAACAGGAUCCUAAUGAUGAUUCUUAUUUUGACUUUUAUUAGUUUGAGACUUUGGUUGGUUAGCAUUUUAUCAUUGUCAUAAUUUUAAUUAAUUUUGAUUUUCAAAAACAGCCUACAGAACCUUAAAGCAUGAUUUGAUAUUUAAUACUAAGACUUAAAAUCUCUUUUGAGAGAAACAUGAGGAAUUGUAAAGUUCGGGGGCUUCCCUCUAUAGCAUUGUGAGAAUAAACUUUUAAGCUGAUGUGAAAGGAAUCCCUCCUUUCUGAAGCUGAAUCUGUGCUAGAACACUUGAUAACUGUAUUUAGGAAAUUUGCAUUGUAAAAGUUGUUAUCAAACAAUGUUUUCUAAUGGCUUCCUUACCCCACCAGUGCUGACACGCCCCGUUCCCCACCCAGCACCCCCAGCCCCAGCUUGGCACUCCAGUCUUGACUGCUCUUGGGCCUUAACCUGCUUCCUGAACCUGUUGGUCCAGCUGUGUGUACUUCAGUGUUCCUUUUAUCAGCUCUGUGGCAUGUUCUCUGCUGGGGUGGAGCAAAAAGGAGCAGUUUAGAUCAUUGUCCUUCACCCCUGACCUCCAAAACCCCGGUGAAAGUCAUGCUAACAUCCCCAAAUCUGGAGAGAAAUAAAAUGAGAGUUUCUCUCUUGACUGAUAACACACCAUGUAACCAUUUAACCAUUUCUCUCAAAAGAGAAAGCAAGGUUGUUAUCUUCCUUAAAUCCAGCUGAGCCAUUUCCUUCAAAGUCCCUGGCUCCUUUCCUCUAGGCUUAAAAACCAAUAGAAGCAGACCCAGAUCUGAACUGAAGAAAAAUAGAAAUUGGUCUCAGGCCCAGUGGGGAGAGUGUUAAAUCACCCAUCCUCUGUCAAGGCUUGUAGACUUUGUUAAGCAGGAACAGAAUAAAAGGAAACAUGAUAUCCAGGCAAGCAUGUAACAGCAGUGGUUUUAAACCUUGAGAGAAUAAUUAAGGCAAAUUCCUGGACCCUGUCCCUAGAGAUGCUGACUGAUUUGCUCUGAGAGGGUUCCAGUAAUUUGGGCUGCAGCGCAGCUUCCAGAUAAUGCGGACGCUGUCAGCCCGAGGUCCACACUGAGGAACACAGGGCCAGAGGGCCCGGGGUCAGUGUGCAGAGAGCUCGGGACAGAUGCCGCUGUGAAACGGAAGAAGGUUUUCCACAGUCGCUUCACAUGUGUAGAAUGACUGAGAACAAGACAGUCAGUAAAAUGAGAACCUCAAAGAAGAAACAGAAUGAGAUGAGAUUGUUUUAAAGAAAAUAAAUUGAGGGUUUAAUUGUCCCAAUUAAUCUGUUUUAUCAAUUCAGUGUGUGUUAUCCUUUGGGUUAAUAUAUUAAGACUUUUGGGGGGGGUGGGUAUUUUAAAAGGAAAUGUUAAAUCUUUGAGUAUAAAAUAACUCAUUUGAAAUGCCAGAUUUUCUCAAGGCAGAGUAUUUAAAUUUUUACCAUUCUGAGUAGACAAAAUGUAUACUUUUCAUUUUAUUGUAGUAACCACAGUAGAAUUCUUAAAUCACUAAGGAAACCCACUCUAAACUUAAGCCCCCCAAAAGAAAAAGAUUACCUUUCAUGUAAUAGAAAAAUCCAGUGUAAAGUUGGUCUCAUUUUCUAUGAGCCUCCACUGUAACUGGGGAGAAGAUUUUGUGGGGGCCUGGGAGAAUGGGAGAGGAAUAAGAAAUGUUGAUAAAGUCUCAAAUCACUUCAUU